CGAUUGGAUUCAAUCUUUUAACACAGUUCAACCCAAGUGUCUUAUUGCCCAAUCCAGUUGUCCAUACUCAUCCUAAAUUCUAUCAUGGUAUCGGAGCCAGUUUUAGCCCACCUCGUUUGUCAAGGUGUCCGUCUAGACGUUCAUUCCUAGCGGCCCGUUAGUCUUUAGCCCAGUUGUCCGUAUGGAUGUUGUACCCAACGGCCUGUGGCCUGUUUAACACGAUUGCUCGUCUGGAAGUCCAUACCCAGCGGCUCGUGGUCCUUUAGGUCAUAAUUGCUUCUGGAAUGCUAAGUGAGUCCUGUUUGUCAAAUGGCACAACUGUUGAGGCUCCAUUGACCAUAAACAUUCCCACUGCCCAAACAUGUAGGAACCCUUCAGAGAAUUCAUGCCAAAGUAUUUCCAUGCAAGGGACAAAUAUUACAAUUCCAGUGUCUGUGCAAAUACAGCCAUCUCCCAUUGUCACAACGGCAGAGGGAUUAGAUACCAAUGGAACAUGUAAUCAGAACUUGCCUCCUCGGCGUAAAAGAAAACCAUGGUCUGAGGCAGAGGACUUGGAACUUAUUGCUGCAGUUCAGAAAUGUGGUGAAGGAAACUGGGCAAACAUUCUGAAAGGGGAUUUUAAGGGUGAAAGAACAGCUUCUCAGCUUUCUCAGAGGUGGGCCAUUAUUAGGAAGCGGCAGGGUCCCUCGGUUGGUAACAGCUCACAACUUUCAGAGGCUCAAUUAGCAGCUCGUCGGGCCAUGUCUCUGGCUCUGGACAUGCCAAGGGUAGAUAAUUUGAAAGCUGCUUCUUCAAUUACUAGUGUGUCAAAUGCUGCUGCUAAUAUCAACCAUGGUAAACCUGCUGCUGCUGCUAAUAUCAACCAUGGUAAACCUGCUGCUGCUGCUAAUAUUAACCAUGGUAAACCUGCUGGUGCUGCUGCUGCUAAUACUAACCAUGGUAAACCUGCUGCUGCUGCUAAUAUCAACCAUGCUAAACCUGCUGCUGCGGCUGCUCAACAAGACCUCCCAAUGGCAGCAGCGCAGAAGCUGGGAAUGGCGGGACCCCCCAAACCACGAGUUCCCUCAAAGCCAGCCACUCCUACCCCAGAUUCAAUGGUGAAAGCAGCUGCAGUUGCUGCCGGGGCCCGCAUCGCCACCCCUUCGGAUGCCGCAACGCUGCUUAAGGCAGCACAGUCUAAGAAUGCCGUCCGAAUAACACCCGGCGGAGGAGGACCGUUGGUUAAACCGCCCGGAACAACCACAUUGCCCAGCAAUGUUCACUUCAUACGCACCGGCUUAGUGUCCCAUUCAAAAACAAUGCCGAACCCCACACGGACCGGGAAACCCGCACCACCGUCCGUAGGUCAUCAGCGCAAUACCAUCCUACCCAGCAGUACUGUCCCCUCAGGACCCAAACCUUCCAAACCUUCUCCAACCAACGUGCCACCAAAUGGUACAAACCCAAAAACCGUUCCCACCUCAGGCCCUAAGAUGGCUAAUGGCACAAACCCUAUUCCGGCAGCCGAGCAUGACACCUCUAAAACUGCAGAAAUCCCAAGAGAAAAGCCCAACCAAUGUAAUGCUGCUUCUGGAGACAAGAAAGAUGCAGCAGCAGAGGAGAAUGGACAUGGGGAUCAUCAAGGUCCAAACAAAGAUGAGGAGAAGAACACACAACCAGUAGUAGUUAAUAAGAGCCACAUUGGUGAAACCCAAACUGGGGAUAGAAAUACAUCAUCAACUGUGGAUAUGGACAAGGCCACUUAACCAACCAUUCAAGCCUGGCUGAGUUUUGUGUAUUCUCUGAUUCUUGACCNCGCACGCAAAAAAGUCUUCUUUUUUUGCUCUCCGUAAGGUUUGUGGACGAAUGUAAUGUAAUAUACUAAGGAAAGCGUAACGUUUACAUAUAUCUGUAUCCCCCUCCCUCCCCCUUUGUGUAAACUAACUGUUGUUUUUUCUUCUUCUUGUUACUUGUGGAUGGUUAACUAUGUUAGUAAGUAAAUGAGCCUUUUGUUG